AUGGAUGGACGCAAGCGCGAGGAGCAGCCCAACGAAGCAACGGCGACUGCACACCGAGCCGUCGUCAUCCUGACACAGAUUGGCCUCCGCGGUGCACGCGGCAUGUUGGUCAUCUUGGAAGUCUGUCUUUCCGGGCUUCUCUGGUUGGAUCUAGAUGCUAUUGACGAGAUUCUUUCGGCAUGCAGACCGCAGCUAACAGCAUUGACGAUAGGAUGA